GGGUACAUUUGUUAUUUCUCGUCUCUCUCAUAUUUUCUUCUCUCCUUCUUUAACGUUCUGAUUCUUCUUUUUCCUUCUUUCAAUACACGUUGACCUCAAAUAGAUGCACGGAACUUGUGAUUUGAAAGUCUCAAAACUUAAAUUCAAUCUCAAGAACCUGUGCAUUUUAUUUCAAUUCAUCAAAAAUUGAAUUGCUCCACGAUUUCCGUAUUCGGUGUUCAAAAUUUGAGCUAGUUAAUUGCGUUAAUCCAGCUUUAUGGAAACAAUAAUUAUUGACGGUGACAACGAACAGGAAAACACAGAAAUAUUGCAAGAAAUGGAUGUCGAUCCGAAUGAAAUAGUGCCCAAAACAAAUUUAACUAUUGCAGAGGAAAAAAAGAAUGAAGGCAAUGAACACUACAAAGCACAAAACUACAAACAGGCACUUCGACUAUAUUCCGACGCGAUAACAAUAUGCCCAGAAACGCCUGCCUACUACGGCAAUCGUGCUGCAUGCUACAUGAUGUUGGGCGAUUUCAAAUCGGCACUGGCUGAUUCCAGGCACUCAAUUUUCUUGGACAGUAAAUUCGAAAAGAGUUACAUUCGCAUCGUCAAAUGCUGUUUGGCACUCGGCGACAUUGUCGGAUGCGAACAGGCCAUCAAAAAAUUGCUGGAAAAUGAUCCGAAAAAUUUGGCUGUCAAUGUUGAGCUGGAAAAUUGCAAGCAACUCCGUGCGCUUGAGGGCAAAGCAUUUUCGUCGUACAAUCAGAAAGACUAUCGUACGGCACUGUAUCAUACCGACGGCUGUUUGAAAUAUGCACCGGCAAGUUUGAAAUACAAAUUACUGAAAGCCGAAUGUCUGGUCUUACUGGGACGCAUUGGAGAUGCUAAUGAUUUGGCAGUGUUGUGCAUGCAGGCAGAUAGUUCCAACGCUGAAGCAGUUUAUGUUCGUGGAUUGUGUUUGUACUACAAAGAUAACUUGGAGAAAGGGCUCAUUCAUUUCGAGCGGGCACUUAGUCUCGAUCCGGAUAAUAAAAAUGCGCGAGAAAUGCGAUUUAAGGCUAAGAAUCUGAAAGAGAAAAAGGAACUGGGCAAUGAACUUUUUAAAACUGGAAAACUACGUGAUGCACAGACUGCUUACACCGAAGCGUUAGUCAUCGAUCCCACCAACAAAGACAUGAACUCUAAACUAUUCUACAAUCGAGCGUUGGUUAAUUCACGCCUAGCGGUUCAUGCCGAUGCUGUAAGAGAUUGUACAUCAGCGUUGGACAACAAUCCCGCUUACUUGAAAGCUCUGAUAUUACGUGCAAAAUCACACAACGCGAUGGAGAAGUAUGAGGAAUGCGUGAAAGAUUACGAAGCUGCAUUGAAAAUGGAAAGGACAUCCGAAAUCAAGAAUUUACUUAAAGAAGCAAAACAUUCGCUGAAACUAUCCAAGCGUAAGGAUUACUACAAAAUACUGGGCAUCGAUAAAUACGCGACCGAUAACGACAUAAAGAAAGCUUAUCGAAAGCGGGCCCUUGUUCAUCAUCCGGAUCGGCAUGCGAAUGCAUCCGAUGAAGAGAAACGGGAACAGGAACGACAGUUCAAAGAAGUGGGCGAAGCGUACACAAUUCUAUCCGAUUCACAAAAGAAGUCGCGCUACGACAAUGGACAGGAUUUGGAUGAAGAUCAUUCCGGAUUCGAUCCGAACCAAAUGUACAGACAGUUUUUCCAGUACAGUGCAGGUCCCACAUUUGGAUUUUCAUUUAAUUAGUUGGAAACGGUCGUUGGUGUCUCAAUAUUUGUUUUUGAUGAAGAAGUGUUCAAUUUUCCAUUCAUAAAAAUUUGAUGCAAAACAUUUUGUUUUUGUCGACUACUAAAUUAACUGAAAUAACAAUUUAGAAUAACUGCAA